AUGGCAGACGGUAAAGACAUAGAUUCGGAUAUACAACAAUGGCAAAAUAUAAUGCAAGAAACCUAUACGAGUCUUUGUCCUUUCGAUUCCACAUCGAUUGAUGAUCUACGUCGAGUGACUGCACUCGUUCGGGCACCAUGGACUGAAGGUGGGCCCAUAAUGCAGCGAAUCGAAGAGAAACAUGUAGGAACUUAUUCAACUCGUAUUCGCCUUUAUUAUCCAAAUCAUGAUCAAGCAUGUCCAGUACUCAUCUACAUUCACGGAGGUGGUUACACUAUAUUCAACCUUGACACACACGAUCGAUUGAUGAGAGAGUAUGCGAGUCGAGCAAACGUCGUUGUCGUCGGUGUGGAUUACAGUCUAUCUCCAGAAGUAAAGUAUCCCCGAGCAAUCAAUGAAAUUGUAUCAGUCAUUCAAUGGUUAAGAGAACAGAAUGCCACAGAUUUAAGUAUCGAUGUGAAUCGUAUGGCAAUUGGUGGUGAUUCUGCUGGUGCCAAUCUUACCGUUGCAACAAAUCUACGACUAAGAGCACUGAACGAGCCAGUUCUUGUUGCUCAGUUGCUUAAUUAUGGUGUGUAUGAUCGUGUAAGACCUACAUCCGAUUCAUACGUACGUUACAAUGAUCCAAAAUAUCGAUUAAAUGCUGAGGAAAUGCAGUUCUACUUCAAUAAUUACAUUCGAAACGAGGCGGACUAUGAUGAUCCAUACGUAUGUCCUCUCCAUGCUGACCUUCAUGGUCUUUCAUCAAGUUUUCUAACGAUUACUGAAUGCGAUGUUCUCUUCGAUGAAAAUCGAUCGAUGGCCGAAGCGUUACGGAAAGCCAAUGUUAAAGUCGAAGAACACAUUUACCAUGGAACAACGCAUAGUUUUCUCGAAGCUGUUCGUAUUGCAACGAUUAGUAAUAAAGCUUUGGACGACGCCUGUCAAUGGCUUAUCAAACAAUUCUACUGA